AUGAAAACAGGAUUUCCUGGAGUAUGUGGGUGCAUAGAUUGCACUCAUAUUGCUAUUGUACCUCCAUCGGGAAUUCUUAGAGAGGAAAACGACUAUCCUGAACAUUUAUAUGUUAACAGAAAAAAUUACCAUUCUAUAAAUACUCAAUUAAUUUGUGAUGUGAAUUUAAAAAUAUUAAGUGUUAAUGCUCUGUUUCCGGGAAGUACACACGAUAGCCACAUUUGGAAUAAUUGUAAUGUGCUACCAAUUCUUCAAGAAUUAAAUAGGCGUAAACAAUGUUUUUAUCUGCUGGGAGACUCUGGAUAUGCACUUAGACCUUGGCUUUUAACACCAAUUCAAAACCCGGCCAAUGCAAAUGAGGAACUGUACAAUAAAAAACAAAUGCACACUAGAAGUUUAGUUGAAAGGUGUAAUGGGUUGCUAAAAAUGAGGUUUAGGUGCCUACUGAAACAUAGAGUUCUACACUAUGCCCCUGAAAAAGCUACAGCCAUAAUAAAUGCUUGCGUAGUAUUACACAAUAUGUGUAUAACAUACAAUGAGCCUGAGCCUAUAGACAAUAUGAUUGACAUUGAUUUUGGCAUGUACAGAAAUAACAUUGGCCAACGUGAAAAUGACUCAUCCAAUGAUUUGGAUAAUGGAAGACGUGUACGUGCAUGUGUUGUACGCAAUUUUGUACAAAAUGAGUAA